UGGCGAUAUCAAACCUUGCCACUAUCAAAAACAAUAUAUCAAAAAUUGCCACCAUCAAAAACUUUUAAUUUUUUUUCUGAAAACCCAGGUAUCCGGACACCUUACGGACUCCGAUUAGUGCCUAAAUACACCUCCGCAGAAGGCAUCUCGGGGGCUGCCGAUUUCACCACAUGCUAAUUGAUGGUGGCCACAUGCGGGGCUAAUAGUUCUCUCAAAUAGAUCAUUUUAAGUUUUUGUCCCAAAAAGAUUUUCUAAGAAAGAAAAUGACCAAAAUGUUUCAUUAAAGAGACAAAACUCUUAUACCCUAGAUAUAUAAAUACAAAUAAAUUUAUAAAAAUUUAUUUAUUAAUAUUUUUUAUCUUAUUUUUGAAUUUUAAAAAUUUUAUUUUAAUUUUAACGUUUGAAAUUUUAAUUUUUAUAUUUUUUCAAAAUCUUAGAAUUUUUGAUUUUUUACAAUUUUUCCAAUUUUCCAAUUUAUUCGAAUUUUGAUGUAUUUUUUUUAAAACUGGUACACCAUCAUUUUAACUUGUAAAAUGAACAAUAUUGGUCGUAUAUGAACAUGAAAAAGUAGUUGGAAAUUUGUUGUGAUGUCAUUUUAAAGGUUUAAAGUACUAGCAAUAAAAUUUCAGUGUUUAAAAUGCUAGUAAGUGACACGACACUUUCGGUGUUUAAAAUGUGAUUUCCCUUUUCUUUUAUGUAUUAAAAGCCUUAAGGAUUUUAUAUAUCGAAAACAGAAAGGCGAAUAUUUUACAAGUUGACCAAAUUUAGAAAACUAUAGUUAAGUUAAAAAGUAGAUCCCUAUCCCACGCUCACGCACAUACCACAUUCCCUAUGAGCGAGGUCGGCGACUCAUUAGCAUUCAAUGCGUUUUAACUGUAAAUCUCCACAUUCUUUUUACAGUUUCAAAUUCUACAUGUUAAAUAUUAUCUCCCCAUAGAAAAUAGAUUAUUCUUAAAAGUCAAAAUGUUUCGUUAUUUUGGGACUAUUUUGUCUUUUAGGAGAUAAAUAGUACUCCUAUAAAACUUAUUAACAUGUUAAAAUCCGGAAAACAUGUUGCAAUGGUAUUUCGGAAAACUCUCCAACCUUUACAUUUCAAUGGUAUGAAAGACAAACUGACUAUGCAAACAAUGAAAAAUAGAAAAGAAAAGAAUUUUAUCGUGAUUAAAAUUUCUAUUACUUUCCAUGUCAUAUGUCUAUGAUCGGUAACUAAAUGAAACAUUCGCUUAUAGCCAAUAAAAAAAUUAAAAAUUAGUUUACAAAAAUAUAAAAUUUUAAAUUUGUAAAAAAUAUUUAUUGAACUCUUAGUAAAUUAUCUGUAACCUCUACAACCUCAAGAUCGACACAAAAAUGGGCCUCUACCAUAUUACGGAAAAGAUGGAUUCAUGAAAUAAUAUAUUAUUUUUCUGAAAGAAGAGAUAAAAAGGAUGAAGAACUGAAGAUAACUAGAAAAUGCCAUUUGACAAAAUGAUAGAAACUAAGUCCAAAAAGUGAGGGAAAGAGAGGUUAGAACUCUGAAAAAAUGCUCUAGCAAUUAGAGUAAAAAGUCUAGAUCUUUCCCUCAAUGAAAGAAGCGUUUUAUUUAUUGAAUUACAUAUGCUAGAUUAGGAUAUGAUCAGGCCAUGCUGGAUUGCUGGUGAUAUAAGAUCCUUUGUCUUUGGUGGAACUUUUCUCUUUGCAACAAAAGGUAUCAUUCAUAGGUCUCCUUUUUCUGCCACUUGUUUGUAUGCUUCUUCUGCUUGUUGUAUAUAUGAUGUCUCACCUUAUGAGUAUCCUAAUGCCUUCUCGGUGUUAAUUUAUGCCGCACAUGCUUUUAUUGUUGUUCUGCAUAUUUAUAUAAAUACGUAUUCGUUAUAUUUUUGUAAAGUUUUGGUUCAAAUUGAGGGUCGGUUUCUGGUUGAAUCAAUCAUCAAAAUACGUUUAAACAUAUUUUCUCUGCUUAAAAAGAUACAUAUUAUAAAGUGAUGGUUUUAAAAUAUAUAUUUUAACGUUUACAAUGAAAUUUUAGAUAAUAAUGAUAAAUUCUAAAUUUGAAAAAAAAUUAAAUAUAUUUAUUGAAAUCUUAUUAACAUCAUGAGGAAUAUAUACAAUCACAUAAAAUAUUGCAUAUGCAUUUAUAAUCAAAAUUUACUAUUAUAUAGUUCUAAUAUAUCCUAAAAUUUACUAAUAUAUACUUCUACGAUAAACUAAUAUACAGUUUUUAAAACAUAGUGAGUAUUGAUAUUAUAAGCUAGGGGCUAACAAUUCAAUAGUAAUAAAUUAUGUUUUUAGUACAGUAUGUGACAGGUGAAGGUGGUUUUUAAUGUGCAUAGGGAAUAUAAAUAUAUGGAGAAACAGCCAUCCACAAAGCCAAAUUCGCUACAACCGUGCGAAAUAUGCACCGGGCAUUUGGAAAACAUAACAAAAUAAUAGUUGAACACUUGGAACAUACUACUAGCUAGUCGACCCACAAAUCUAUACUCGAUACUGGAUAUCGCUAGCAUGAGCCAAGAUCCAUGAUCAUAUUCCUAAAGAGAUAUAACUCUAUAAAUAUAGCGCCCCUUUUAAGCCAAUUUUUUUUUUGAAAAAGCUUUUAAUCCAAUUUACAAAAAAAAAAAAAAGUAUAGUGCCCCUUUUACUAAAGAGGUACUGCUAUUUUUCAAGAAAAUCACCUUUUAAAAUAUGAAGAAAAAAAAACAGAGUACUUGUCAUUUCCAAGCUUGGAUUCUUAUAUACUCGGAAUUAGUUCCUGAAUACAUCCUAUAUAGAUUUGUAAUAAGUGAUGCACUGCAAUAUUAAUUGGAUCUUUAAGUUUUUGGACCACAUUCGUUUGAUUAACAACUAAUUUUGGACCAACAAUUAAUUUUUAGAUAUGCCAAUAUUUGUAGGACAGUUUUUCCAUUGAUAUUAUGGUUUGAUUAUUAUGGUUUCAAGAUAAUCCGAAUUAUCAGUAGUUUGUAUGUAGGUGGACCCUUUGAUUUCCCUUCUCGAAGACAAAAAUAUCAAACUUACAAAUCAACUUGUCCUAAAACAUCAUCAAUAUCAAGUAUACUUACUAGUCGUAUGAUAUCUCCAUCAUUUGUUUUUUUAGUCAAAUUAAUUAAGUUCUUGGACUUCCUAUCCAUUGUCACACAUCAAUCAAUAUACUUACUACGAUAUCUCUAUCAUUAGUUUUAAUUUAGUCAAAUUAAGUUCUUGGACUUUCUAACCAUUUAAUGAAACAUUCCAAGUAGGAGAUAUAAUAGUACUUCGAAAUUUAAAUGCGUAAUAAUCAUUCCAAGAGAAUAAUACGCAAUAUUAAACGGAUCUCUACCACAUAGUUUAUCGUUUGGUCCGUAUAUGUAAAAGAACAUACUAUAUGAUGUAUUUAAUGACGUCUCAGUUUAAAAAUGAUGACAACAUUUGAAUACACACAAGUGGAACAAGACUUGUAAUCACGUACAUAUGUGUUAACCUCCGAUUAUACACAAACUUUGACUCGUGUUAUUUAACGUAACCCCAAAAAUAACCAAAACCUUUUGACACAUAUGCGACAAAGAAAAAUUAUCGACGCAGACACGCGUACGUAUACUUUUCAAAUAUACUAUUUCACAUGUUCACUUGAUAAUCUCAUUUAAUGUAUAAUCAUGCAAGCUGUACGUUAACAAUCAAUGGCAUUUUCCCGUUAAUACUCAACACGCUGGUGGGUAACUUCGUCAUGAUCUUGCUAUAUAAAUAUCCCCCUCAACUAUUCUCUGACAUGCACUGUCCAAAACCAAACACAAAUGGAGCAAAAAAAGCUUUCUGCAAACGCACACAAAAUGGCAGUUAAGAUUUCAGUUUUUCAAUCUCUUGUCUUUCUCUUUUACCGGUUUAUCCUCCGGCGGAAUCCUAAACCAAAAUACCAAAAAUGCCCUUCUACUCUCCUUCAGUCUGACCUAUCACGCGAUACAUUGAUAUUUAACUUAGAAAGAUCUCUUCUCAAAUCCGACUCUCUCUUCCCUUACUUCAUGCUAGUAGCGUUCGAGGCGGGAGGGGUGAUAAGGUCAUUUAUCCUCUUCAUUCUCUACCCACUGAUAACCUUGAUGUUGAGCCACGAGAUGGGUGUGAAAGUGAUGGUAAUGGUGAGUUUCUUUGGGAUCAAGAAAGAUGGUUUUAGAGCGGGGGGAGCUGUUUUGCCUAAACACUUCCUAGAAGAUGUCGGGCUCGAAAUGUUCAAAGUGUUAAGGAAAGGAGGGAAGAGAAUCGUUGUGAGUUAUGACCUUCCUCAAGUUAUGAUCGAAGGGUUCUUGAGAGAUUACUUGGAGGUUGAAGUUGUUGUGGGUAGAGAAAUGAAGGUCGUUGGUGGUUAUUACUUAGGAAUCAUGGAGGAUAAGACCAAACAUGAUCUUGUCUUUGAUGAGUUGGUUCGUAAAGAGAGACUAAACACUGGUCGUGUUAUUGGUAUCACUUCCUACAACACAUCUCUGCACCGAUAUCUAUUCUCUCAGUUUUGCCAGGAGAUUUAUUUUGUGAAGAGAUCCGACAAGAGAACCUGGCAAACCCUACCAAAAAGCCAAUACCCUAAACCACUGAUCUUUCAUGAUGGUCGUCUCGCAAUCAGACCAACCCUAAUGAACACUCUGGCCUUGUUCAUGUGGGGUCCAUUCGCAGUCUUAGCCGCAGCAGCUAGACUCUUUGUCUCUCUUUGCAUCCCUUACACAUUAUCAAUCCCAAUCCUAAGUUUCUUCGGUUGCAGACUAACCGUCAAGAUCGACGACGUCUCAUCUCAAAAGUUAAACUCUAGUGAACGCAAAGGUUGUCUCUUUGCGUGUAACCACAGAACUUUAUUGGACCCUCUCUAUGUUGGAUUCGCAUUAAAAAAGAAAAACAUCAAAACAGUAACGUAUAGUUUGAGUAGAGUAUCUGAGAUUCUAGCUCCUAUCAAAACCGUUAGACUGACUCGUGAUCGUGUCAGCGACGGACAAGCCAUGAAGAAACUAUUGGCCGAAGGGGAUCUCGUGGUUUGUCCUGAAGGAACCACUUGUAGAGAACCUUACUUGCUAAGGUUUAGUCCUUUGUUCGCCGAGAUUAGUGACGUCAUCGUUCCCGUGGCAGUUACGUCACCCGCAACCUUCUUCUAUGGUACAACGGCAAGUGGCCUUAAGGCAUUUGACCCGCUUUUCUUCCUCAUGGAUCCUUAUCCUACCUACACUGUUCAGUUUCUUGACCCUGUCCCUGGCGUCACGUGUCAAGAUCCCGAAGGGAAGUUGAAGUUUGAAGUGGCUAAUCAUGUUCAGAGCGCGAUUGGGAAGGCGUUGGAUUUUGAAUGCACCUAUCUCACUAGGAAAGACAAGUAUUUGAUCUUGGCUGGUAAUAAUGGCGUAGUGAAGAAAAAUUAAAUAUGUUUUCAGGAUUUGAGUGUGUAAUUUUCGGUGUAAAGUAACCAAAUGCUUCAUUGAUUUUUUUUAUAUUAUUAUAUAAUGUUACGUAAAUGUUUUUAAUUAUGUAACGUAAAUGUAUGUAACUAUCUAUUUCUUGGUAAUGUAUACUAUCUUUCUAGUUUGAUAUUAUAAUGCUGUUUCUGGACA